CUAUCAUAUGUUAUUAUAUUGUUUGAUUAAGUUGUAUUCAAACUUUUUUUUUUUAUUUAAGCGGAUUAUUGUUCUAUCAGUAACUGAUAUUUUUAAAAUAAUUUAUUUUGUUCAACUUUAUCCAGUAAUAUGCCGCGAACGGGUCCUAAGAUUCUAGUGACCGAGCCCGAAGAUGAUACCGAAGAGCGAAUGAGCAUCAUCAGAACUUCCAGGCAGCUGAUGGUGCCAGAAUUAAGGGCUUCCGUUCGAGAGCGCGUAUCCAAUCUCCGACCAGGUGGUCUUCCACUUCCUGGUAAGACAACUCAAGGUUUCAGAGGUAGCCGUAGCUCUUCUUCGAGGGAAUCGGCCAGGCCGCAGUCAUUCAGGACGGUUCGCAACUUCUGGAGGCGCCUCGAAGGAGCCGAAGACACUCCUCCUCCUCCUCCUCGCAGAUUCGGACCUUUAAAGAAGCCAAUGAGAGCUGAAGAGCCCGAUAAACCAAAGACAGGUGGUUGGAAAAUGCCAGUACUAAGAAAAGUUUCAAAUGCAAGAGAAAGUGCAAGGAGAAUAUCAAUAAAAAGACCAUCGUUGAAAUCCAACAAUGAAAGUAGAAAAUCUGUAAGCACAGAAGUAAUAAAAAGACCUUCGAUAAGCAGUCAAUCUAAGAGAGCGUCAUUAUUUAAUGAAGAAAUUAAGAGACAAUCAAUAAAAUCUACGAAAAGACCAAGUGUAAAGAGCUUAAGCAGUAGAAAGGGUUCAGGGGUAAGCCAAUAUAUCGAUAAACUCCCUAACAUUCCGAAACGAGCCUCCAAAGCUGAAUCUAUGAACUCAAAACGACCGAGUCUUUUGCCAGUACCGAUCGAUUACGACCCCAGUAGACGAGCUUCCAGGCUCAGUAAGCAGUCAGUGAAGACGAAAGCAUCGGGUAGCUUCACAGUACCGUCGCCCAUGAUCGACUUCGACAACAGACGAGGCUCCAAUCUCAGUAAGCAGUCUGUGAAGACGAAAGCAUCGGGUAGCUUCACAGUACCGUCGCCCAUGAUCGACUUCGACAACAGACGAGGCUCCAAUCUCAGUAAGCAGAGAACAAGUUUUUCACCAAGCGAGAGAAGAAGUGUAAAUCUAUCACCCAGAGGAUCUUAUCUCGAGCAAAUAGAAGAAGAAGGAAAUAGAAUAGCUAAAGGAGAGGUUCUUGAUGAAGCAAUGGAAGAAGAGGAAGAAGUAGCAACUGAAAUAAAGAGACCGAGCGUUUCAGUAAGCGAGAGAAGAGCUUCAAAGCAAUCAGCUAGAGGAUCUUAUCUCGAACAAUUAGAAGAACGAAGAGAGGCAGAAAAGGGAAUGGACGGAGAGGCAGUAGACGAAGAGGAAGAAGUGGUUCUUGACGAAGAAAUGGUAGAAGAGGAAGAAGAGUACGAACCCUCCGCAAAGUUUAGAUCAAGCCAAAGAUUAUCUCUUUCACCACCAACCGCUGGUUUGAGGCCAUCUUCUCUUUGGGGACAUCUACCACGGUUUUUUAGUGAAGAGAGUAUGAGUCGACCAAGUGUAAUUUUGCCAGUGCUUCUUGAGGAAGAAAAACUCUUUCACGAGUUAGUAGCAGGAGGUGACGUCAGUGCGGUUAGUGACUUCAUCAACAAACGUCCCGAUUUCAAUAUCAAUUGUGAAAAUUAUCAAGGAACCUCAGCACUCCACAUCGCUGUAAAAGACGACAACGAAGACAUGGUACAGUAUCUUCUGUCUCUACCCGGGAUCGAAGUGCGUGACUCACAUCUCUUCGCAAUCCGAGACAACCACCCCGGGAUCCUCGUCAUGAUCUUGGACAAGUUGCAAUCAAUAAACCCGGCCCUCGAGUUCAUGGCUUGCUCUAACUCGCCGGAAUUCGCAGAGAACGUGACCCCGCUGAUCCUGGCCGCCGAAGCAGGGCACUUUGAAAUAGUCGGACUCCUCAUCAGUAGGGGACAUGUCAUCCCUCGGCCACACAAGCCCAGGUGCUUCUGCAAGGAAGAGUGUCAGGCCAUAAUGAAAAGUCAAGACAUGUUGAGCAUCUCAUCUGGAAAACUUCACAUCUACAGAGCACUUUGCAACCCUGCAUAUAUCUGCCAGAAUUCCUCCGAUCCUCUUAUGGUAGCUUUCAAGCUAUCUAAGGAAUUAUUGACUUGCGGCCAUGUCGACGCGAUCUACCUGAGGCAAUAUGAGGCUUUAGCUGAAUCUUUGAGAAGAUUUGCGGUUGAAAUAAUUGCUGAAUGCCGAACUUUAGAGGAAGUGGAGACAAUAUUAUCUGAAUCUAAGGACAGCGACCUAACAGGUAACUGGACCUAUCCUAGAUUGAUUAUGGCUAUGGAUUAUAAGCAAAAGGAGUUUAUUGCGCACCCCAAUGUUCAGCAGGUUCUUGAGCGUACCUGGAUGGGCGACUGGAUCGCUUGGAGAGGAUACAGGGUUUACAUCAAAGCUCUCUACAUAUUCCCAAGACUCGUAACCUUGCCUGUAGUACUUGGAGUUCUGAUGUUCACGCCAACAUCAAAAUGGGCGAAGCAUUUUUCUUUGCCUGUGAACAAACUGCUGAGUAACGUAGCGUCUUAUUGCAUUUUUCUUCUUCUCGUUUUCAUUCAGUCCAACGUUAACAAGAAGAAUCAAACCCGAGACACGAAGCCAACCGGUGUCGAGAUAUUUUUGGUGAUUUACGUCCUUACAUUUAUUUACAAUUCAAUCAGAAGCCUAUUGAAACAGGGAGUUCACAGAUUUUUCAAAUUCAUGUGGAACAUAUACGAGUUAGUAAUGGAGCUUUUCUUUAUAAUAGCGUUCGUAUUUCUGAUAGCGGCUGAAAUAAAGACAACAAUAAAAGGUAACAAAAACGUGGAGAGAAAAUAUUGGCAUUAUUUGGACCCUGAAUUGAUUUCAGAAAGUUUUUUCGUAUUAGCGGCUAUCAUGGCUUUUAUGAGAAUCCUUCUGAUUUUUCAAAUAAGUUACCAUCUCGGACCUUUGCAGGUCUCUUUAGGGAAAAUGACCAAUGAUUGCGCUAUGUUUUCUGUGAUUUUUGCAAUAAUCAUAAUAGCUUUCACUGCAGGCUUAUGUAAAUUUUAUUCCUACUACGAAGACAUGGUGCAAACUAAUCCUGAUACAGGAGAAGUGGAGUCAAGUCAAGUGAAUUCAUUCACGGGUGUUCUCGAUACGUUUAAGACCCUCUUUUGGGGGCUUUUCGGAAUGUCGUCGUUUGAUGUGGCAGAUGUGAUUGUGGAGAACCUUGAAGACAACUCCUCAAAUUCCACAACAACGAAUGAACAUCAUCUGACAGAAGCUGUGGGAUACUUUGCUUUUGCAACCUACAUGAUCCUAACUGUUAUUGUGAUUCUAAACAUGCUGAUAGCUACAAUGUCGAAUACAUUCCAAAAAGUGACAGAUAAUCUUGACACUGAAUGGCUUUUUGGAAGAACUGAAGUUUAUAUGUCUUACAUUGAUUUGCCAGUAUUGCCUCCCCCAUUUAAUGUAAUUCCAACAACACAUGCGCUAGUGAAUCUCGUUAAAGGAUACAAAACCAAAGCAAGAAACUUAAUUGGGGUGGACGUAGAAAAGGGAAUAAUAGAAGAACCGGAGAAUAAAAGAAAUGAUGAUUAUUAUGUUUUAAUGUCACAAUUAGUGCAAAGAUAUUUUAGCACCAAAAAUUCAGAAAAUGAUUAGGAAAUCGUUAAUAAUUUAAAAAAGAGUAGAGAUCGGUCCACUAAUUAGAAAACAAUAUUAAGCUACAGCAUAAUAUUAUUUCUCAGCAUGGUAUAGUGAAUGAAUUACAGUCAAUUAUUUUAUAACAAAGCAUAUAUAACUGGAAUAAAGAAAUGAUGAA